AUGGGUGGUGGAGAGCAGAAACAAGGAAAAUUGGCCCACACAAACGAAAAACUUCAAAAAUUGGUUCGCCGGAAGGAGGAGGGUCAGAAUGGGGAGGGCGGAUCCAAGCAUGCGAAGCUAUCAGUAAAUACUGAGGUGUUUCAAAAGAUCAGGAUAAAAAAGGAGGAAGGUCAAAACGGUAGAAAAUCUGCUAAGGAGAAAUCGCUAAAGGCUGAAUCCAGGCGAACGACUAAAAAUAGGACGAUGAGUGGUGAUGCUCAUAGUAGGACAGCAAUUAUGGACCUCCCUCACGAUGGACAAGCCGUUGAAAGUGGUCCGGUUAAGAAUCCAGAUGAGGAUUGCGAGAUGGUUACUGCAGUGGACACCGACAACUUGACAAAAGUUCAGUUCCAAUUUCUCGAGGCUGCACGAACUAAUCGAUGUGACAUUCUUGGAAUGAUUAUUGAGCAACAUGCUUGCCGUUUGGAUUUGAAAAACAACUUGGAUCGUACGGCUCUACACCUAGCAGCCGCUCAGGGCUGUUUCGAGGCGGUUCAGAUGCUUGUCAAUGCAAGAGCCUCUGUUGACAUUCCGGAUAAGCAUGGCAUGACUCCAAUGUUCUGGGCUGCGUACAAAGACUACGUCGACAUCGUGGUGUACCUGAUCAAGCAUGGCGCCUCUGUCUAUCGCAAAACAAAGCGAGGCUUCACCCUCCUCCACGUUCUAGCCAAGGCGGACGCAAUCAAGACGUUGGAGACCCUUGUGCGAAGCAAAAUUAUCCGCAAUUUUCAGGAGUUAGACUUAGACGAUUGCACACCUCUCAUGGUUGCUACGAUGUCGGGCAGUCUGAGAGCCGCCACCGUGCUCUCGAGAAUCGGCAAUCUGGAGUCGAAUGUGGACAAGACUAAGAAAAAUGUCUUCCACCUCGCUGUCUUGGGUGGAAGUUCUCUGGUGUUGGAGCAGUUAUGCAAGCACGAAGAGAUGCCCAAACUGAUUAACGCUUUUGACGAUGAUCUUAUGGCACCGAUUCACUAUGCAACCGACUUGGACGACUACGACAGCGUGUCGGUUUUACUGAAGUAUGGCGCUCGAGUAAAUAUUAAGUCAAAGAAAGCGCCUUUUCCGAUCAUAACUGCAUCACGACAUGGAAACAUCGACUUGAUCAACCUCCUCUUGACCAAUAAGGCAAGAAUUUCGGCCAAAGACUUUCGGCUUCAAACACCUUUUAAUGCAGCAGUAGAGCAGGACAGUGCAGAGGUGGCGGAGCUGUUAAUUCUCGCCGGAGCACCAAUAAACGAAGUCGAUAGAGCUGCAAAGAAGCCUUUAAUGCAGGCAGCGCUGUCUGGAUUUGUGAGGAUAGUGGAUAUGAUUAUCAAGGCCGAACGAUGGCGAUCAACUUAUCCGGCUGCAGCUGCCAUUAUGGCUAAAAAGUACAACCCCAAAGGUGGGGUGGGAGAUGCCGAGGACGAAUCAGGGACAGGUGAUGAGUAUGGUGAAGAGGAGGUCUUGGGCGAAGACAGCGAAAAUGCGAAUUCGGAGAGCACAAACUCAAUUUCUGAGGCUCCGACCUACACCUCUAAAUCCUCCAACUCAGGAGACGAGGACGGGGAGAGUGAUGAUGACUCCCUCUCUCAAGCUGAGACUUACCAUAGUGACACUGAGGGGAGUAGGGAAUUGGCAACUUCUGAAAAUUCUGCUGAGCUAAGCAAUGAUGUAUUUACCUCGCCUCGCCAGUAUCGUAAAGCUGAAUCGGUGCACUCAUCCACCUCGGCAUCUGGAAGUGCACGAGGUCGAAUGAUUGAACGAUCGAAACGUCAAAAGGCGGUUCCAACUUCUGGUGAUGUCUAUGAUGCGUCUGUCAGUCAUAGCAACCUCCACGAAGAAGAGGAAAAUCCUUCUUCAACCCCAAAACUAUCGAGGAGUCAGAGUUCUGCUUUCCAAUUUAGAAUCCACUCAAAUUCGCUCCCAUCACUUGAUCAGGCCAAGGGCUCAGCAGCAUCGAAACCGCCUAUUCCAAGCAGGCGAGCACGGGAACCAAAGGCACCUGCUUCUCUUUGCCAAUCACCAGUUACAUUGAGGUCUUGCACUAGCUUCUCUCCACUAGACUACCGAUUCCUUGUUUUCAAUCAGUCCUACGCGGGUCAAUUCCAGGCGUUCUUCUUCUACUUUGCCUACAAAAAGUUGCGUCAAGGCGAGUGGAAAUCGCUAGCCAGGCACUGGGAUUUCUCUGAGGAGCAAAUCGAUGCCAUAGAGAUUCAACACACUGGUGACAAAGGAGCCUAUAAGGAGCAUGGCUAUCGUCUAUUGUGCAUUUGGAUGCAUGGUUUGAGUGAGGACACCGACCCUGCACCUUUGCUCCACACGGCUCUCACCUCGAUUGGCCGAAAGAUGGAUGCAAAAGAUGUCCAAAAAGACUUCUACAAGGCCACACAUGGAUGGCACUCAAGCAACGACAAUUGUCACAUCUCGUAA